CAAAACAUGUUACUAGAUCUAGAUCUAUAUGACAUAAACAUUUUCAAUUUGUUUAUCUCAAAUUUGAAAUAUUUGAUCUAUUUUUAAGAUUAUUAUUAAUUUCACCCACUGAAUUCUAGAUAGGUCACCCAUACAUGUUGUCCUCUUUAAAAAAAUUGAAUUUUUUUACAUCAAUGAAUAUCCCAGUGGUGAACUUUCAUAUCAGAGACUAUUAUUUAUGAUACUUCUUAGAAUGUUGACUUUAAAGUACUUUACACAACAAACUUUAAUACAAAGCAUUGUGAAGGAAGACUGCGGCUGUUUAAAUGAAGAAUACAAGUGGCUGAGUUUGAUUCAGCUUUUAGACCAAGGUUCCUGGGGGGAUGAAAGCAAGAAGAUACUUGAUAAAUUAGUCCAAAUCUAUGGACACAAAGUCACUUCUAAAAUUGUUGAGGCUCUUGCACCUAGCAGUGCCAGGAAUUUGAGCCUGAAAGCUUGUCCUCUUGUUGCAGCUGACUGUGUAAACAACAUUAUAUCCAGGUGCCAGCAAAUGCACACAUUGGAUCUUUCAGAAAAUCCAAACCUUAACUUUGGAAACAUAACCCUCUUUCAAGUGCACAGUGGUUUGCCGUGUCAGGAGCUGUCAGCUGUGGAUCUUGAAGACUGUCCUCAAAUUACUGACAGUGACAUUCAAGCACUCUUAAAGAAUGCAGUAAAUCUUCAAAUCCUGAACAUAGCGCAUUGUGGCAUUACAGAUAAAGUUUUUUUAUUGAAUGAAGCAAAACAGCUGGCCAGAGAAGCCUGUUUCAAACUGCCACAGAUGGCAGACGAGUAUGAUUGUAAACUACAAACAGUCAAUGUCUCCCGCUGCAAAUCUUUCACCAGUACUGGUGUCCGACAUUUAUGUACACUAUGUGGACCUACACUUCAGUCGUUAAAUAUUUCUUGGACAAAGGUAGACUGCACUUCCUUGUUGUACCUGUGUGGCCUUGGUCUACCAGCUGUUGUAGAGUUUUUCGUUUCCUUCAACUUCCUGGAGAAACCUUUAAGCAAGUCUUUGAUGGCAACACUGCAAGAAUUUGAUGACAUUUGUACACACUGGAUCCACAAUGUUCACACAGACACAACCACUGGUUAUACAACAACAGAUGUUGAAAUCAGUCAAGAUUUUCUUCUCAAAUUAAAUACUACAGAGAAGCUUACAGCACAAAGUACAGAGACAAAUGUUACUACAGAGAAGCUUACAGCACUAAGUACAGAGACAGAUGUUACUACAGAGAAGCUUACAGCACAAAGUACAGAGACAGAUGUUACUACAGAGAAGCUUACAGCACUAAAUACAGAGACAGAUGUUACUACAGAGAAGCUUACAGCACUAAAUACAGAGACAGAUGUUACUACAGAGAAGCUUACAGCAUUGAAUGCUGAGACAAACUGCAAUAGCUCAUUUUAUGUAGAUGAAAAAGUAUCAAAAAAUCUUCCUCUACAAAACUCCAACGUGUCUCAUCAAGUUUUCCACAACAGCAGAGCUUGCUGGACACACAAAGGUGGGGCAACUGACCAGUCCAUCAAGACACCUGGAACAGACACAGGAGAGAAACUUGGUGAGAGAAGAGAAAUCAGGUCUGAGGCAGGGUUUGUUGGGGCAUUGAUAGCCAACAAAAGAGAGCAACCUACAGCAUGUUUGAAGCAUCUCAAACAUCAGCAUGUGCCUUUCUACCAUCCUAACAUCAGCAGUCUCUACAUCAAUGGCUCUGUGUUUGAGGAUGAACAAUUAGGUCUGAAAUGUUUGAGCCAAUUUCUUACUGCCAAUCCAAAUGUGUCAGCUCUAAGUUUGUUAGGUGGUGUCAUGUGCAAUCUUGUGUCAGACAGUGCACUGCAUGUCAUUGGCGCACAUGGUGCACAUGUUGUGUCUAUUUCACUGGAAGGCUGUGAUCAUCUCACUAGUGCUGGCAUUACAAGUCUGGUUGGAUGCAGGCAGCUGUCAGAUUUAGAUUUCACAGGGCUGGCAUUUAAUGAUGAUUACAGUAUUAUGUCAUUUGCUCACACAAGACCCUUAACACGUCUCUUAUUGGCUGAAAAUAAAAUUACAAGUUUAUCUCUAAAUGCCGUGGCCUCAGGACCAGAAGCUAAAUUAUUGAAAGACCUUGACCUCUCCUGGUGUGAGGACAUGGAGGAUGAUGAGGGACUUAACAACGUCCUUGAAACCUGCACCAACUUAGAGAGGUUGAUUUUACGAGAUUGUUCUCUAUCAGCUAAAACCUUACAUGUCUUGUUUAAAAACUGUCAUCACAUCCGAGAACUCAGCCUCUCCAGCAACAUGAAUGCUGUUUUAGAUGCUGCAGUAAUUUUACUGUCAGAAAAUCUACAUCAUCUAGAGGUUGUUGAUCUUAGCUGGAACACAGAUUUGACAGACUUAUCAAUAGCUGAACUAAUGAAAAACUGCCAGUGCCUUAAGACUGCAAACCUCGAUGGCCUGAAGCGAAUCACUUCAGCUCCUUUUCUUAAAAUCAUUGAAGUUUCAGAAGAGCUGCAUACAUUCAUUACUAAUUUGGCCUCUACACAUGAUUUUCUAGGAAAUCAUGGUACCAACAACACCUGCACAGAACAUUAUGUUAAGCUAUCUGAUUUACCAUGCCUACCACAUCGUUCAAUGAUUUACUGCUCAAAAUUGCAAAAUUUACACCUAAAGUAUAGUGAUUUUGUUGAAGAUAGUCAUUUACAAGAAAUUGUGGGGGUUUCACAGGGCUCUAUAAAGGUUAUUGAUUACUAUGGAGAAGAGGUUGAGGAAACUUCAAGUUCUAUUGAAAGGUUUGUCAACAACCUUAUCAGAGCAAGAAGCAAACAGAUGCAGGCCAUGUAAUUAAACUUGUUCUAGAUUCAGGACAUGUAACUGGUGACAUUAAACUUGUUCUAGAUUCAGGACAUGUAACUGGUGACACUAAACUUGUUCUAGAUUCAGGACAUGUAACUGGUGACAUUAAACUUGUUCUAGAUUCAGGACAUGUAACUGGUGACACUAAACUUGCUCUAGACAAAAUAUGUCUAGACAAGUCAUACACAGCCACAAUUUUUUUAAAUGGUCCAAUUCAUGUCAUAAAAUGUCUAUCUGAAGGAAAAAGAUGACCUGUCUCAGAAAAUCUGAAUGAUCCAUGUUUACUACUGCAAAUGAUUACAUUCAAUUUCAGGCAGUCAAAUUUUAGAUCAUCAGUAACUCCAUCUCAGGUCUUACCAAAAUUCUUAUGCUACAAAAUCAUGAGUGCAAAUGGUUUUGUGAAUCUAUUAGGUAAUAAAUGCAUGCUUUUGUGAAAUGUAUCUACACUUUCUGUUUAUUGAAUAUUGUUACUUAUACCUGGAAGACAUUUUUUAAUACAAUUAGAUUUUAGGUGCAUUUUUUGUUUUAUAAAGGCACAUUAAUGUAAAUAAUACUUGGCUAAUAUCAAUAAAUACA